AGUGCCAGUUAUAAGUAAUCAAUCUUAUCAAUUUUUAAAACAGUCAUGUCUUAAAAGCGCAUGCUCUUUAAAAAAAAGUCCCAUCUUCUUUAAACCAUUCAACUUCAUAAUUUUUAAAUCAUUCAUCGAAGAACCUCAAAAACGUUACGUUUAUUUGUCGCAAAUAUGUCGCAAACAUUAGAAAAAGAUUUUGAAAUUUUCUUUAACUCUUUAAAAAAGCAGGGAUUUUCCUUAAAUGAUAUUAACAGCAUUUGCAAACCUUUAAAGGAUUAUUAUCGUUUGGAAAAAUUGAAAAAAUUUGCUUUAAUUUGUUUAUGUUUGACAUUGCUGUACGCUAUGAUUGUUUUUUGCGAUGGCUUUAGUUGGUUUCUCAGUGCUGUGACCAGACUUAUUCUAAUACAAUUUUUACCCUAUUGGAAUUGGCCGGAAUUGUAUAAUGCUAAGUGUUUGAUUGAUAGAUCGUUGGAGGUGAAGAAAACUGAUGUUGUGGUCUCUAGAUUGGGACGUUAUGAAACCGAAAAGGAAAAUUGUUUGCUAUGUGAGAUAAUUGAUUACAUACCCUCUCUAGCCAACACAUCUUUUGCAUUUCUCGAAUCCAGUUAUUUAGAAAGAUCGUAUCCUGUUAUUGUCACGGACUCUCACCAACCAAUGUCACCAACAGAUAUCUAUCAUUUAAUAUUUAAUAAAUCUUUUGACUUCUUAAGAAGUACUCCCUGUGAUGUUGCCACGAAUCUUAUGCUAAACAAAUUCUUUGAUAUCGAAAUUGCACUUAAGAAGGCUUGGAAUUUAAAUCACUCCACCGACAAAUGGUUUUUACAACUAAGAAAUUGUCAAUUUAAAGCCGUCAAAUCAGCGAGGAAUUUUAUCAAAAGACCCUAUUAUUAUCCAGUACAUUUGGAACCCUACUAUUCCAGUUGGAUUUUAAUGUCACAUAAUUAUAGAAAUAAUCAACAACAGCAAAUUUAUUUACAAGGCCUUAUAAUAGUACAGCAGUUGUGGGGUGAUUUGGACUUGAGUUUGCAGGCUAAGGAACCCUGCUUGAAGUGUCCGGUAAUCAAUGUUCAUCUUAGAGAGGGUGAAAGUUUAAUAUUUUCUACAGAUUUGUGGAUUUUUAGUUAUAGCUUUGUUAAUGAUCCAUCUGAAAGUAUUGCUACUAUAAUGGAAAUUGUUUGGUAUAAUUAA